UGAUCGGGUUUAUUAUGAUUAUAUAUAGUAUGCUGUUCAUAAUCAUCUUUGUGCAGUAUCAAAGAUGGGUUACAUGGUCGUGGAGAAACACACAUCUGAUCUUCUCCAUCUGAAGAGGUCUCCUGGGAUUAGAUCAUGGUCCCUCCUUGUUGGAAUUGCUUCAGUUGGACUAGCAGCAGCCUAUUACAGCGCUGACAGCAUAUUAUGGAAGAUGUUCUAUGUGACUGGCUGUUUUUUUGUAGCCCUACAGAAUAUGGAGGAAUGGGAGGAGGCAGUAUUUGACAAAUCUAAGAGUGAGAUCGAAUUAAAGACGUUUAGUGUUGAUGUGGAGGCACUUGCUGCACUUCUGAAGCGCUUCUUGGGUCUUGAAGAGUUACAGCGACGUUUGGCAGAAGAAGAGCUUCCUGAUGAUGACGACAUUGAAGAUCUGGGAUUGGGCGAUAGCAGUGAUUCAAAAGAUGAAGAUGAACUUUAA